AUGGGGACUCCUGAUUUUUGUCCGCUGCCACUGUACCUUAACUUAUCAUCCAUGAAGAUGCUUGUGUGGAAUUGUCAUGGGGCCGGUAAUAGUGUUUUCAAGCGCACCAUCCGUGACCUUUUGAAGAGCCAUAACCCUUCCAUUAUUGUUCUUAUAGAGACUAAGGUUCAACUCAGUUCUAUGGGCCUUUUUUUCAACAAUCUUGGUUUUGCUGCUUCUACUUUUGUUGACCCAGUGGGUAAGUGUGGAGGUAUAUGGCUCCUUUGGGACCCAUUCAAAGUGAUUGUUUUGGCUCUGGAUGCUAACCCCCAAGUUAUCUACGUGAAAAUUAAGCGUGACCAUUUCCCUAAUUGGAUUCUUUCGGUAGUGUACGCUAGACCCAAUCCUACAAAGCGUGAUACUCUGUGGGAGAAUUUAGAAUCCAUGGAGGAUAACAUGUCUGAACCAUGGCUGGCUGUAGGUGAUUUUAACGAUUUUGCUAGCCAAAAUGAAAAAAGAAGUUUUGUGCCUUCACACAGUCAUGCUAGGACCAGGAAAUUUGCUGCCAGGUUAAACAUGUGUAAUCUCAUGGAUUUGGGCUGCUCUGGUCCUCAUCUCACCUGGUCCAAUGGGCGUCAGGGUAUGGCUAACACUCUUGAAAGAUUAGAUCGUGUUGCUUGCAAUACUGAAUGA